GUCUGUGAGUGUGCAUUUAAGUGUGAGUGUGCAGUGAGCUCCAGUCUAUGAAUGAACAGCCGGGAUGCAUUGUGAGAAUAGUCUGCAGGAUCCUGCAAGUCUCCACCUCUUCUUAGUUUAACCUAUAACUGCCAAGCUCCAUUAAAUCUAACAACACACUGAGGACAGACUGGCUUCAUGAGCACAUUAGUAUGUGAUCAGAGGGAACUCAGCCUUCCUCCCCACCACAAGCCCCUGUGUUACACACUGGCCAGCUCAGGGGAGCACAGACACUCAUCAUCGCUGCAAAGUUUGCACUUCUCUUGGCUCCAAAACUCCUUGCGCUACCAAGACUUUAACCUCCUGGAAGGAAUAUUCCAUGGGAGUGAUGGCACAGCGUUACUGCACCCUGGGAUGCUUUCUAGCCCUGGUCUAUGGGGAUAAGCUGUGGGAUGUCCCAGCCCCGGCCGAUCAUUUCCCUAGUCCUGGAAAACUGACAGGAGAGCCAGAAUGUCAGUACCAACUGCGCCACCUACAGGAUGGGGCACGUAUUUCUUCUGUCUUACCGCCAAACAUAGAAGGUCAUUGGAUUUCCACAGGAUGCGAAGUUCGGCCCGGACCAGAGUUUCUUACAAGAUCCUACACUUUCUACCCCAAUCGGCUGUUCAAGGCCCUUCAAUUCUACUACUCAGACGCUCAGUGCAAACAGCCCUUGUAUUCUCUUGUGAUCAAGGGAAAAAUGCGCCUUCGCCAGGCCUCAUGGAUAACUAGGGGGGCGACAGAGGCAGAUUAUAGUUUGCACAAAGUUGGAAUUGUGUUUUACAACCAGGAGGCCAUGACUAAUAUCAGAGCCCAGAUGAAUAGGACCUGCGUUGGUUUUGUAUCUACUGGUAGGACUUGGGCUCCAGGAAGACUAUAUGAGCUCCUCAGUGCCAAGGCGGACAGGGACUGCACAGCUGCGCUGAACUUUACCAUGCAUGAGCUUAGCCUGGUGAGACUGGAAAAACAGUACAUCCCCCAGGAGAGGGGAGGACUGGUGGAGAAGCUCUUUCUAGGAGAUAUUCAUACAGAGAUGUCUGAGAGGAUCCAUUACAGACCGAAUGGAUACCAGCAGCCAUUGCAGAGUGCCCUACACCAUGCCCACCCGUGUCAUGUCUGCAGCUUAAUAUACGACUCUGAUGAACACCAACCACCAAUCCUGCCCGAUAUUACAGCCCCUCCAGCCAAUCUUGGAGGAAAAUGGGUGAGCAGCCAAUGUGAGGUUCGGCCAGCUGUGCUCUUUCUCACCCGCUACCUGACCUUCCAUGGAGAUAACCAUACCUGGGAAGGAUUUUACUACCACUAUGCUGAUCCAAUCUGCAAACAGCACACGUUUACACUCCGUGCCACAGGACACUAUACCAAAGGUGUGCCCUCCAAGAACGUGAAAGGUGGCACAGAGCUGGUGUUUUCCGUAAGCCAAGUAUGGGUUAUGCCACUGAACCAGGCAAUCUUACGGAUGCUGAAUGCCUCCCGGAUUGGGGGUUGUGGUACACUUGGAUCAUGGGCAAUAGGGGAGGAACAAGACAUUACAACAACAAGAGGUUGUGACGUGCUGGGUAUUAAACUCCCUCACACCGAAUAUGAACUUUUUAAGAUUGCCCAGGACAACCAUGAGAGAUACCUCCUGUAUAUGGGUGAAAGGCCAACAGAUGGCUCCAGCCCAUCAACACCCAACAGGCGGCCAACGUCCUACCAGCCACCAUUGAUUCAAUGCUCUUCUGAGCCAACAUUGCCUUCUAAGCAUCAUCAAUCUAUGGAUUCUGCCCUGAACAUUGCAUCCUUACCCCAACCACCGUUUUGGGCUCUGCUCAUGUUAAUGUUUAUUAUAUUACAUAUUUUAAGGCCAAACUGAUCCACGCGGGCUGUUUUCUCAGGUGCAGUUCUCAGAGACGGGACAAUCUUGUACUUGGCUAAAAUGAUAACAAAAAUAUGUGUUGAGGUUCUGCUUUGUUUGUUAUGUUAAAAGAUAUUGUACAUAGUAUUCUAUCUAGCUAACGCACUUGCUGAAAAGAUGAUGUAUGUCUCAUUCUUCAAAACCCUUGAUGCUAGAGAAGGCUCCCCUGUGCAAACGCCUGCAGAUGUCUCAGUUCCUAUGGAGAUAAUGGCUGCAUUGAACCCCAUGGAAAGACCAUUUUGUGUGGAGGAGGGAGACAGAUAUUUGCAAAUAUUUUUUUUUUUUUGCAUUUAACCCUAAGGACACUGCACUUCCUGUAAAGGAAUUUUUAAGAGCAUCUUGCAGAUGUAAUCCAUGGAGCAAAUGAGGGUUUAAUGUCCUUUAAGGGAUACACCACUCAAAUGAAUAAGCGACUGGACAAAAGUGAUACUUUACAGUGACUUGUGGAAAUGGCCGCCUCAUCGGAUAUUCCUUCUUGACAUACCUAUUGGUCUAAGGGCUCGUGUCCACACCUGUGUUACGGCUUCUUACAGUGCCCGUGUUGUAUGGAGCCACAGCUUCUUUAGACUUCAAGGGGGCUCUUCUGCGUACCUCCAAUUUCAAAUGUAUGAAUUCAUCAUGGACAAAACCAUAGCAUACCCUAUUAAAUGACAUGUUAAAGGGGAUGUCCAUGAUUAGAAAAAUGUGUCCAUAGGUUAUAUGUGGUUUUCCAUUUUAGCCCCAUUAAUAGCAAAGGAGCUGAGGUGAAAGCCCAGACACAACCCAUUGACAGGGGUGGCGCUGCUUUUUGGAAGCAUGUUUUUUCUAAUCUUUGACAACCCCUUUAAGGAGGCACUAUACAGUACUCUGCAGGAUGCACGAGGCCUUAAAGGAAAACCUGUCACCAUGAAAAUGUUAAAUAACCUGCAGGCAGCAAGUUACAAAGCAGAAGGAGCUGAGCAGAUUAACACAUAGAUUUGUGGGAAAAGAUUUAGAAUAACAUGCAUUUCGUUCAAUUAAAUUCCUGCUCAUUCUGUGCUUUGUC